GGAGCGGGGUAGCAGCCAGCCAGAAGAGCAAGGAAGCCGGCCCCUCCCUCUCACUCCCACAGUCAGUCCCCCUCCCCGAGGCAGUCACUCCCCCUUUCUGGCUAUCCAGGGAGAUGGAGAAGUGGGGCUAAACCUUGGGGAUUGCGUGGGGGUAAGCCACCCAGACGUCAGCCUCGGCUUGCAAAGACAUUCUGCCUUUUUUUCCUCCCAGUCCUUGCUUGUGCGUUUUUCCUCCCAAGUAAGGGAAUCAAUUGGAAGCCAGAAGAGCUCCGGGCAGGAGCCAAGAAAGAGCCAAGAUUCGAGGUCCUUAGUGGAGUGUUUGCAGAGUUCUUCCAUGGAAUUUACCUUGACUAUGGCUAGAAAGAUGGUACCUUUGGAAUAGCAGAGGCCCUGACCUGUAGUCUGGUGGUGGGCUGAGAGAUGCCCCUUGCAGCUGAUAUCAAGGAGAAGUAAUGGAAGUCACAGGACCUAGAUUACAGCACUCACUGCAUUAGAGCAAUGAAUGCCGACGAGGCUUAAGGUCGAAGGAGCAACUUGAGGCCCAGCACUCUGUCCGACUCCAUUCCCACAGUGGCCACUCAGAAUCUUCAAGGAUUUACCUGAAAGAUGAGUGAUGGGCUGUGGAUCUCCCUCAGUCCCAAGGAAUUUAAUCAACUCCAGAAAUAUUCAGAAUAUUCUACCAAGAAGUUAAAAGAUGUCUUGGAAGACUUUUAUGGGACCGAGCAGGAAGAAAAGUAUGAUCCGGAACAGCCCAUCGACUAUGAAGGAUUCAAGGUCUUCAUGACAACUUACCUGGAUGAGGAAAUCCCUGAGGACCUCUGUAAGCAUCUUUUUCUGUCCUUCACAAGCAAGAACUUGAAGGGGCCCUCUACACUAAAGACAAGAAGUUCCAGUGCCUCCCAAGACAACACUCACGAUGUCAAUGGGAAGCCAGCAUUCCGUGGCUCCAGGACACAUGUUGCCAAGUCUCAGAAGGUCACAGGCACUGUACCCAAAGAGAGUGAGCAGAUCACUUCUUUACCUUCGGAGACCAAAAGCAGAGCCACCAACUUGGACAAAAAAUACCGGGGCAAAACCGUGUCUUUCUCUAUGGAUAAAAGCCCCUUGCCCCUUCUUCAGGCUAAGAGUUCAUCACAGGAUAUCCAAGCCCCAAAUCUUAUGAAGAGAUCCACGAGCUUACUUUCUCAGUCAUCUUUAGAAGUCAUGCCUCAGGUUGUCUAUCUGAAAGACAUCAUCUGUUACCUGUCACUGCUGGAAAGGGGUCGGGCCCAGGACAAGUUGGAGUUCAUGUUUCGCCUAUAUGACACGGAUGGCAACGGUUACCUGGAUAGUAGUGAGCUGGAGCGAAUUCUCAACCAGAUGGUGCAUGUGGCUGAAUAUCUGGAAUGGGAUUGCACAGAGCUCAGGCCUAUCUUGAAGGAAAUGAUGGAAGAGAUUGAUCUUGACCAUGAUGGGAUUGUGACUCUAGAAGAGUGGAUUCAGGGAGGAAUGACGACCAUUCCAUUACUGGUCCUACUAGGGAUGGAAACAAAUGUGAAUGAAGAUGGCCAGCAUGCCUGGAGGCUAAAGAAUUUCAAAAAGCCAGCCUUCUGUCAUUUCUGCCACUCGAUGCUGGUGGGAGUGCGGAAACAGGCCCUGCGCUGUUCAUUUUGUAAAUACACAAUCCACCAAAGAUGUGCAUCCCAAAAUAUCCUGCCAUGCAUCAGCACAUAUGGGAAAUCCAGAAAACAGACUGAGGUGAUGCAGCAUGUAUGGAUGGAAGGGAAUACCUCUAUCAACUGUGACCUUUGCACCAAAGGCAUCAAGUGCUACCAGCCAGGGACCUCAAUCCACUGUGUGUGGUGCCAGAUCACGAUUCACAAAAGAUGUUCCUCCUACAUUUCAGCAGAAUGUGAUGGUGGCCAACUCAGAGACCAUAUUCUCCUGCCAACUUCUAUAUUCCCCAUGGUCCUGGAGAGAAAAGUGCACAAAAAAGACUAUGUGUUUGAAGUUGAAGCCCGUUUAAAACAUAAGAGGCGCAGCAAACAAUCCAAACAAACAAGAGUGGAUGAAAAUGAAUUACAGGAGAAGAAGGAAGAAAGCACAUCCACCACCAUCCCUAGUUCAAAACCUGGUGAUGCCAUAACCAGUGCCAAACCUAUUUCUUCAACCAAGAAGGUAAAUGAAUUGGAGAAGGAAGAAGAAGAAAGUACAUCCACCAACAUCCCUAGUUCAACUCCUGAUGAUGCUACAAACAAUGUUAAACCCAGUUCUUCAAUCAAGGGUGCAAAUGAAUUGGAGGAGAAAAAAGAAGAAAUCCCUCCUAUCAACAUCGCUUCAGUUGGUUCAAGCCCUGACAAUGCCACCAAUGAAAUCAAACUCAUUUCUUUAACCAAGGAUACAAAUGAAUUGAAGGAGAAGAAAGAAGAAAAAAUCACUUCCACCAACAUCCCCUCAGCUAAUUCAAGCGCUGACAAUGCCAUAAAUGAGGUCAAACUCAGUUUUUUAAACAAAGAUACAAAUGAAUUGAAGGAGAAGAAAGUUAUUGAGAGUGAGUCCACCAAAGUCUCUCCAGCUGGUCCUAGCCCUGAGAAAUCCACAACUGAUCUAAAAUCAGAUGCCACAGACACAGAUGCAGACAAAUUAGAGGAGAAGAAAGCCAUUGAGAGUGAGUCCACCAAAGUCUCUCCAGCUGGUCCUAGCCCUGAGAAAUCCACAACUGAUCUAAAAUCAGAUGCCACAUACACAGAUGAAGACAAAUUAGAGGAGAAGAAAGCCAUCGAGAAUGGGUCCACCAAAGUCUCUCCAGCUGGUCCUAGCCCUGAGAAAUCCACAACUGAUCUAAAAUCAGAUUCCACAGACACAGAUGCAGACAAAUUAGAGGAGAAGAAAACCAUCGAGAAUGGGUCCACCAAAGUCUCUCCAGCUGGUCCUAGCCCUGAGAAAUCCACAACUGAUCUAAAAUCAGAUUCCACAGACACAGAUGCAGACAAGUUAGAGGAGAAGAAAGCUAUUGAGAGUGAGUCCACUAAAGUCUCUCCAGUUGGUCCUAGCCCUGAGAAAUCCACAACUGAUCUAAAAUCAGAUUCCACAAACACAGAUGAAGACAAAUUAGAGGAGAAGAAAGCCAUUGAGAGUGAGUCCACCAAAGUCUCUCCAGCUGGUCCUAGCCCUGAGAAAUCCAUAACUGAUCUAAAAUCAGAUGCCACAAAUGCAGAUGCUGACAAAUUAGAGGAGAAGAAAGUCAUUGACAGUGAGUCUAUCGAAGUCUCUCCAGCUGGUCCUAGUUCUGAAAAAUCCAUAAUUGAUGUAAAUCAGAUUCCCACAGACACAGAUACAGACAAAUUACAGGUCAUAGAAGAGGAGAGUGAAUGCUGUAAAUGCUAUUUGCCAAUGGCUUCUCCCACAGAGACUAACAAAUUCAACCCUUCAUCGAUGGAUGGAUAUGGAUUACAGAUUAUUCCACCAAAGAUACACAUCCUCUGCUUGUCCUGCUCAAUCCUAGGAGUGGAGGAAGACAAGGACAAAAAAUCUUUCGGAAAUUCCAGUAUCUGCUCAACCCCAGACAAGUUUACAACCUGGAGCAAGGGGGGGCCAUUCCAGGAUUGAAUUUUUUUCCGUGCCGUGCCAAAUUUCCGUGUGCUCAUUUGUGGAGGAGAUGGGACUAUCGGUUUGGGUAUUGGAUUGCAUCGGUUAUGAAGGUGGCAGUUUGAUGAGAAUCCUCAAGGAUAUUGAGCAAAGUUCUGAU